CCCCGUAGUUCUAAGAGUGGUCAGUUUAGGCUACAGUGCGACCUAAGUGACAGGUAUCAGCCGUUUGUCCGCCAACAAGCGGAUAAAUUAGUGUAAUAAAGACAUUCAUUAAUGUUUGUUUUGUAGCUAUGCGGUAGCUCCGUUUAUAUCGCACACCGAAGGUCAUUUCGUGCACUUAGCUAGCAGGCUAAUGUGCGGUAGCUGGCUAGCUAGUCGGUAAGCUAACGACAGCGUCAAAGGAAGAAAAAGCGGAAAACAAACAAACGCGGUUGUUCAUAGAAAGAAAAUACAUAAAAUAAACUCCAGCAGUGUCACGAUGAAUGUCGCUAAAAGUGGCUAUCGUGUCUUUUCCGCAAACUCCUCCGUAGCAUGCACAGAGUUGGCCAAGAAGAUAACAGAGCGGCUGGGAGUUGAACUGGGGAAGUCUGUGGUCUUUCAGGAGUCUAACAGAGAAACUAGAGUGGAUGUGAAAGAAUCCGUGCGAGGACAAACUAUCUUCAUUAUUCAGACCAUACCACGAGAUGUCAACACAGCCAUCAUGGAGCUGCUGGUCAUGGCCUACGCCCUCAAGACCUCUUGUGCAAAGAACAUUAUUGGAGUCAUUCCUUACUUCCCCUACAGCAAACAGUGCAAGAUGAGGAAGAGGGGAUCGAUAGUGAGCAAGUUGUUAGCUUCAAUGUUAGCUAAAGCAGGAUUAACACACAUCAUCACCAUGGACCUGCAUCAGAAGGAGAUCCAGGGCUUCUUCAGCUUUCCAGUGGACAACUUGCGUGCAUCUCCUUUCUUGAUUCAGUACAUCCAAGAAGAGAUUCCUGAUUACAGAAAUGCCAUCAUUGUGGCAAAGUCCCCGUCAGCAGCUAAGAGGGCUCAGUCCUACGCAGAGCGCCUGCGUUUGGGCCUGGCUGUGAUUCAUGGCGAGGCUCAGUGUUCAGAGUCUGACAUGGCUGAUGGAAGACACUCCCCACCUUGUGUACGCAACACCACUGGACACACAGGGCUGGAGCUUCCUUCAGGCAAACAACAAGCUCCGUUCCCUGGCAUAGAGCUCCCAAUGAUGAUGGCCAAGGAGAAACCUCCCAUUACUGUAGUCGGAGACGUGGGAGGGAGAAUUGCCAUCAUUGUGGAUGACAUUAUAGAUGAUGUCGGAGACUUUGUUGCAGCUGCAGAGAUCCUGAAAGAGAGAGGAGCCUAUAAAAUUUAUAUCAUGGCCACACAUGGCUUACUGUCUGCCGAUGCUCCACGCCUCAUAGAGGAAUCUGCCAUUGAUGAGGUGGUGGUGACCAACACAGUCCCCCAUGAAGUACAGAAACUGCAGUGUCCCAAAAUCAAGACUGUGGACGUCAGCAUGAUAUUGGCUGAGGCCAUCCGCCGCAUCCACAAUGGAGAGUCCAUGGCCUACUUGUUCCGCAACAUCACCGUGGACGACUAGAGAGUGUCAGAGAGUGAGAUCUAGAUGGGUCUGAGAGUGACUGAGGGUAAUUCUUCCCAGCGCUGUAAAAAAAAAAAAAAACAUGCUCAUGUCAUGUUCCAUGUAUUGUGUAUGUCAGGAUUACAUGUAUCCUAAAGAAAUAGAAAUUCUAAGAAUUACCCAGAAUUAUUUAACUUCUCAUCACAAGUUGUUCAAACAUAUUUCUUUUGCAUCUUGUUGAGAAAGGAUGAUAAAAGGGCAAACGAGUGACUUUGAGCUUUAACGCACCCAGUCAUAUUUUAAAGCUCUUGUCUUGCAGCUAUUGUUGAUCUUCCAACUUGAACAAAAGAUGCUUUCUAUUUAAAAAAAAAAACCCAUUUUGUCAUACACUGCGGUACCUCAUAUGUAAUGACUGAGCUUCAACAGCAAAAAGAGAAGAGAAUAAUGUCUGUCCCAGUAACAGGACUUGUGCUUUACCAACCCUUCUUCAGAUGCUCUUACUGGCCCCUUAUGAUUACGGCUGCUCUGCACUGUGAUUUCUUUUCAUUUUACGGGGUGUGUUGUUUCCAACCACACAGACAAGACUGGACAAACUCCUGCCUAUGGUGCCCAAACUAUAUUUUUUAUGCAUUUUUCUUGUCUUUGCACCAUUUGUGGGAACGUUUGGUGAAAGAAGAAGUUUCAGCAGAAAUGAAUAAGUCACCAUUUUAUAUUGUAUGUAUUAGGGUGUCAGUUCAGCUAAAGUAUAACAACAGAUAUUGUCCUACUUACCCUUAGUAGUAUCUAGCCAGUAAGAUAGUUUUGGUUUCAUGCUAUGGGUUUGAGAUUCCUGCUGUAACUCCAUUACAAUGGAGGUGAAUGUAUUUUCAUUUAUGACGCUCGAAGCAUCAAAUAAUAAUUGGUUUAAAAAACUGAAUAGUCUGACACAAAGACUUAAAACCUCAAUGUUCACAGUGAGAUCUGCGGAUUAUCUUUAGUGCUUUGGACAUUAUUUCUGGACAGGCAAGUAUUUAAAAGAUUUGAACACCACAAAUGAAAUAUCAUUCACUUCCAUUGUAUUGUUGCAUGGUUGCAUAUAGCAGUAAGUGAGAAAUUUUUUAUUUAUUGUUUUGUUGUUUGGAUGAACUGCCCCUUUAAUAUAUUCUGUAUCUCUAGCAGUAGACUGAACACACUUAGUCCAAUAUUGUGCUCAAUUUAACUGCCUGAUGGUCACUGUGACCGACACCAUCACAAUGCAUAUAUAUUACAUUUAUAGCUAUUAGGACCACCUUGGUUUUAGCCAAUUAACUACAAGCCAUGAACACCAAACAUUACUGCCGGUGGUUUUUCAAAGCAGAACAAAGAUUUUCUUUGUGUUUUCAGUGAGUUUCUCUUAAGUGGUUGGUUUUCUUUCAUUUCAGUUCGCUAUGAGCUCGACUUGGUUACGUUGCUGAUCACAGUGAACCUCUUUUUUUUAGUCAGUUACAGUAUUGUUAUCUGGCGAUGUGACUGAAAGUGUGCUUAUGUUGUAAUGAGACUAAUCCACACUAAUUCCACAACAGCAGCCAAGCUGUCAAUCUGCUUCUAAGGUUUUCCACAUUUGCUAAUAUCUUGCCCCUGUGAGUUUGAAUUUUGGACAGUAUGGCUCAUGUAUACGGCGCUUUACAGCUACUAACUUUGAUGUCUUGAAACGUUAGUGGGUAUACCAGCACCUGAAUGUACUAGAUAAGUGGACUUGAGCCAUGCUUUAUGCAUUGCUUUACAAUGACAACUUUGAAAACUCAACAUAGUGGGCUACUUGAGUUGUUUUUGUACUGAUGGCUACAUAGAAGAUACUAAAAGAAAAGCAGUAAUGUAAAAAACAAAUGAGCUUUUGGUCUUAGUAAAUUGGCAAAAACAUGAAACCGCACCAGUGUGGUCCUAAUGUUGGUGUAGAAAUUGCUGUGGUGUGUCCUUAAAGAAACAUUUGAAAAUGCGCACCUUGUUUUGCUCUCCGAGUACAUUUCAGAGUGAUGCUCUGUAGGGGGGAGUAGUGUAUUUCUAUGCUGAUUGAGCCUUUUGCUCAGGGAAAUAGACUUAAUAAGCCAAUGCACAAUUAUUUGUUCUUGUGUUGUUUUUUUGUUUUUUUAUGCUUUCUUCCUGUUUCACAUGUUGAAAAAAAGUGUGUUGAGAAUGUCUUCCAUACAGCAGUACUGUACGUCAUUUGCGUUUCACCAUUUUGUUUGUUAUUGAAUGUGUAUUUCUCCCGAUGUGCUAAUGGUUGGGUGUUUGACUGCUAGACGCACACACGGGUGUUGUGUUGGCACAAAGUUGAAAGUUGUCUGUUUCAAAUGCUGUUGCUCCGCCAGCACAGAUAAAAUCUGUUUAGUGUAUUUCAUGAUGUCUUUUCUUCUGUCUCCACUGUUCUCCUGACUUGUCUGUGAUGUUGAGGGCGUAUGGUUUAGUCACUAACACCCUUCUGUCUAGCUGUACGGCAUUUGUCAAUGUGUAUGAAAAUAAAACAGUUGCCUCUU